UGUCGUUGGCUUUUCGUUGUUCGGUUUUGUGCUGUCGUACGUGUGCGUGGCGGUUUUUAUGAUCAUUCUUAUUCUCAUUAUUAUUAUUAUUUUCUUCUUCUCUCCUCCCCCCCCUCCGUGGUGCAAUUUUUUUUUUUUGAAAUCGUUGUGCCUUUUUUUUUUUUUUUUAAUCUCCCUCCCUCCGUGAACCUUUUUAUUUUUGAUUUUUUUGCCCUCUCUCUCUCUCUCUCUCUGUUUUUUUUUUUUUUUUUUUCCGUCCCCCAUUGCUCGGGGCCCCCGAUAUGUUUUAUGACGGUUGAUUUUACACCAGGAGGUCUGUCUCCGAGGAAGAGCCCGGGAGCUGGAUCUCUGGCGAGAACUUGGCCGCGGAGCCCCCGGCGCCUCGGCAACAUGGGAGCUGCUGCAAAGUUGUCGUUCGCCGUCUUUCUCUUCUCCUGCUCGUCAGGUGCUAUUCUUGGUAGAUCAGAAACUCAGGAGUGUAUUUUCUAUAAUGCUAAUUGGGAAAGAGAUAGAACCAACCGAACUGGUGUUGAACCCUGUUAUGGUGACAAAGAUAAACGGCGACAUUGUUUUGCUACCUGGAAGAACAUUUCUGGCUCCAUUGACAUAGUGAAACAAGGUUGUUGGCUGGACGAUAUCAACUGCUAUGACAGGACUGAGUGUAUAGAAAAGAAAGACAGCCCUGAAGUAUAUUUCUGUUGCUGUGAGGGCAAUAUGUGUAAUGAAAGGUUUUCUUAUUUUCCGGAGAUGGAAGUCACACAGCCUACUUCGAAUCCAGUUACACCUAAGCCCCCCUACUACAACAUCUUGCUGUAUUCCUUGGUACCACUUAUGUUAAUCGCAGGAAUUAUCAUUUGUGCAUUUUGGGUAUAUAGGCACCACAAGAUGGCCUAUCCUCCUGUACUUGUUCCAACUCAAGACCCAGGACCACCCCCACCUUCUCCAUUACUAGGUUUGAAGCCACUUCAGCUACUAGAAGUGAAAGCAAGGGGAAGAUUUGGUUGUGUUUGGAAAGCCCAGUUGCUCAAUGAAUAUGUUGCUGUCAAAAUAUUUCCAAUACAGGACAAACAGUCAUGGCAAAAUGAAUAUGAGGUCUAUAGUUUGCCUGGAAUGAAGCAUGAGAACAUAUUACAGUUCAUUGGUGCAGAAAAACGAGGCACAAGUGUUGAUGUUGACCUUUGGCUAAUCACAGCAUUUCAUGAAAAGGUAAAAACUACAGUUUAAUUCACGAAGUCAAGGUUGGCUUUCUGUACAGUGUUAGCUACAAUGCCGCAAACUUAUUUCCUUAGGGAAUAGUUGACAGGGAUGUAGGAUGGACACAAGAGCAGUCCUUCAUAUAGGGACAUCAAAAGUAAAAACGUCUUGUUGAAAAACAAUCUGACAGCUUGCAUUGCUGAUUUCGGGUUGGCGUUAAAGUUUGAGGCUGGCAAGUCUGCAGGUGAUACCCAUGGACAGGUUGGUACCCGGAGAUAUAUGGCUCCAGAGGUAUUAGAGGGUGCUAUAAACUUCCAAAGGGAUGCGUUUUUGAGGAUAGAUAUGUACGCCAUGGGAUUAGUCCUGUGGGAGCUGGCUUCUCGUUGCACAGCUGCAGAUGGACCUGUAGAUGAGUAUAUGUUGCCUUUUGAGGAGGAAAUUGGCCAGCAUCCAUCUCUCGAAGACAUGCAGGAAGUUGUUGUACAUAAAAAAAAGAGGCCUGUUUUAAGAGACUAUUGGCAGAAACAUGCUGGAAUGGCGAUGCUUUGUGAAACAAUAGAAGAGUGUUGGGAUCACGAUGCAGAAGCCAGGCUGUCAGCCGGCUGUGUAGGUGAAAGAAUCACUCAGAUGCAAAGACUAACAAAUAUCAUCACCACAGAGGACAUUGUAACAGUGGUCACGAUGGUGACGAAUGUUGACUUUCCUCCCAAAGAAUCUAGUCUAUGAUGGUUGCACCAUGUGUACACACUGAGAACAGGACCCUGAACUGGAGCUGUUAAGCCAACAAAACCGCUUACAGUUUCUUUUCUGUGUGAAAUGAGUAAGCUGUCUCCUGGACAGACGUUGGAAAGAAGACCCUCGCUGAAAACUGGCUUUGGGAGACUUCCGGCAUCGCCUACAGCAGAGACGCGAAGGACAUGAAACUAAGAGAAAAGUUGCAAACUCUAUAAAGAAACUUUUGAAAAACAUGUACAUGAAGAAUGUGGCCCUCUCCAAAUUAAGGACCUUUUGGACCUGGCUAAUCAAGUGUUUGAAAACUGACAUCAGAUUUAAUGUUUGUCAGAAGACACUAAUUCCUUAAAUGAACUACUGCUAUUUUUUUUUAAAUCAAAUACUUUUCAUUUCAGAUUUUAAAAAGGGUAACUUGUUUUUAUUGCAUUUGCCGUUGUGUUUCUAUAAAUGACUAUUGUAAUGCCAAUAUGACACAGCUUGUGAAUGUUUAGUGUGCUGCUGUUCUGUGUACAUAAACAAAGUCAUCAACGUGGGGUACAGUAAA